AUGGGCAGUACGGUCUCUUCGCUAGUGUUUCAGCCACCGCCUGCGACUUAUGGGUACACGCGUCGCUACUUCUUCCUCGUGACAGCGAUGCGUCACCGGAUCCCCGCGUUCUUUAUUCCAUACGAUAAGGCUGAAUACACCGUGCUCUUUUCUCAUGGCAACGCAGAAGAUCUAGGCAUGAUCUACGGUUGGUUUCGUGAAGUAAGCAGAAGACUUCAGGUGAACGUAAUGUCUUAUGAUUAUUCUGGCUACGGUAUUAGCGAGGGCGUGCCCAGUGAAGCAGCUUGCAUGGCCGACGCCGACGCUGCUUUGGCGUAUCUCGUGGCCGUGAAGAAGACUCCGCCUGGCAAGAUCAUCUUAUACGGCAGGUCGCUCGGUUCUGGACCAACAACGUACCUCGCAGCCAAGCAGUCGAAUCUCGCACAGCCCGUUGCGGGCGUGAUCCUCCAGAGUCCCGUGCUCUCCAUGUUCCGCGUCGUCUUCAACUUUCGCUAUACGUUUCCCGGCGACUUGUUCUGCAAUAUUGACAUCAUCGACCAGGUCCAGUCGCCCGUGACGAUCAUCCACGGCACGCGCGACGAAGUCGUGCCUUUCUGGCACGGCGAACGACUGUUUGAGCUGUGCCCGCAAGCGUGGCGGUGCAAGCCGCUGUGGGUCACUGGCGCAGGCCACAAUAACGUCGAAGCUUACCUAAACAUGCUCGGCAAUGGCUUCUUCCAGCACCUGAGUGACUUCGUCCAAGUGUGUCACGCGACAGCUACGAUCCGAGCAGCCGAGACGAAGGCACUGAUGGUAGCAUAA